CUUUACACUCUGCUCACUUAUUUGCUUCCUCUACAGAUCGUCGGGAUGGGGUCUGUUUGGGAGACGGCGCAGGACUAUUACACCUGGGUCCUGGAAAAUGGAGAUAGCCGCACGGACCCCUGGCUCCUGGUUUACUCCCCGGCACCUGUGGUUCUGAUAUUCGCCGCGUACCUCGUGAUUGUGGCCCUCGGACCUCGGUUAAUGGAUGGACGGGAACCCUACACCCUGCGCGCCGUCCUUCUCAUUUAUAAUCUGGCCCUCGUGGGGCUUUCUGCGUAUAUGUUUUACGAGUUCCUGGUGACGUCGGCGCUGGCCGGAUACAGCUACCUGUGCCAACCCGUGGAUUACAGCGGCAGCGAGCUGGGCAUGCGGAUGGCGCGCGUCUGCUGGUGGUUCUUCUUUUCCAAGGUGAUCGAGCUUCUGGACACGGUCUUUUUCAUCAUGAGAAAGAAGUUUAAUCAGAUCUCGUUCCUCCAUGUUUAUCACCAUGCAACCAUGAUCUUCAACUGGUGGGCAGGGGUCAAAUAUGUGGCAGGAGGACAGGCUUUCUUCAUCGGCAUGCUGAACUCUUUUGUUCACACCUUCAUGUAUCUGUAUUACGCGCUCGCCGUGAUGGGGCCAUCAAUGCAAAAAUAUCUUUGGUGGAAACGCUACCUCACGUUGCUUCAGCUGACUCAGUUUGGAGCCAUCGCUCUUCAUUCUGGCUACAACCUCGUGACCGACUGCCCGUUCCCAGAUGGCUUCAAUGCAGCCGUCUUCGCUUACAUCAUCACCCUCAUCAUCCUCUUCUUCAACUUCUACUACCAAACGUACUUGCGCAGAACACAGAAGAAGAAGGAGCUUUGAGGACUCCAAAGCCAA